AUGACUUCAAUCUUCACCUCUGACGACAUUGCAUCUUUGGUGGCCAAUUUCGAGCCGGUCUCUCUCUUCCAGGAUCGUCCCUCGCUCGUGAAGAGUAAUUCCGGCGACAGCCUUGUCAGAGUUGACAAAGCCCUAGCAAAAUUGGAGCAUCUGCUGGACCAAGGGCAAGAACGAAUUGAAAAGGCCUGUGCCACUUUACUCGGCGUGCAGGAUGGCACUGAGGAGACUGUCUUUGAACGACUGUCACGUCCGUUGUAUGAGAGUAAGAAUGGAAGAUGGCUUAUGCCGACAUCUGAAACCGACAACAUCUUGGAGACCUUGAAGAGACGAGCCGAUGAGACAUUCGUCGAUCUGUUCACUUUCAGUUCUGAGUGGGAUAUCGCCCUCGAUAGUCUACGGAAGCUCAUUGAAGUUGAGAAAUGGAGAGACUACAAGGAAUUCAGCGAUUCGUUCAGGUCUUUUAUCUGCACAAGCGAGGUCGCGGCCACUGUCAAAAUCCAACUUCGGGAUGCCAUAGGCUCUUCUGGGACAGAGAUCUGUGAUUUGCCAGCGGCUGUAGCGGACGAGGUGCCUCUUCUCGCCCUGAGGAGGCUGGCGAGUGAAGUAGCGUCUGAUAUGGGCGGUGAGGUUCGCUUGGAAGGUGACCACAUUGUCUAUGUCCCGGCGAACUACACGGCUGCCGUGGAAGGUCGACUGAAGCAAAUGCGAGACGAGCGGAUCGCAGAGCUUGUCCAGCAUCUUGAGGAUCACGGAUAUUGUAUUGUCUACCCGCAGGCUACGGAUGAGUCUGGAUCGGCUUUCGAGAGCGAAGAGGAAACCGCGGAGUUGAUCAAGCGAAGAUAUGGCAAGGGCAAGCCAGAUGAUGUGAAUGUGCAGAUUAUAACAGUCGUUGAUGGUGCUCGCAAGACUACGAAAUCUAUACAGGCUGAGGGGGAGACUAAAGUUCUUGCAACACCGGCGGCUCUGGACCAGGAACUCAAUGCCAUGAAGUCAGCUGUUUCGUGCCAUGCCGUGAAUGUGUGGCGACAGGGCGAACGAGCUUUGACCGCAGCGGCUGUGAUCAAAAGCCUCACACCAGAUGACUUCUCUGUAGCCCGCAAGAGUGAGCUUGCAAAACUCCUCUUCCGUAGCGUGUAUGCUAAAGAGCUGGAAAGUGUUGUACGCAAGCAGCUGGAAGACUUGGAGAGGGAGGAGCACGAAAAGCUUGCACAACUGGUCGAGGCUAGACUUGCCAUUCCUCUUCAGCUCUAUACAGCUGGCAUCGAUGGCGUCGGCGACUCGACUUUGAAGCAACACCUCGAAGACUUCCUUGCUGACCACUUUCGUCGAGAGGUCAUUCCACAAACGAUCCAAGCUGCCCGAGAGCAGAAACUGCUAAGAGAAAGAGCUAAAGAGAAGGACAUUGAGAAGUUCAAGCAGAUAUGUUCUGAAACCAAUACCUUCGCCGACCUUCAAAGUGCGGUGGCAAAACUGUCCAGAAAGCUGAAGCUCGACGCUCCAAGUCCUGUCAUGGUUCAGAAGGUCAAACUGAAGACACUGCAAACUGCGGCGAAGUCCAUGCAGAAGAUGACUCGCGGCUCCGAUGUCCUACAGAACCUCAUCUGGAUUCUGCUGGCGCAGCAAAGUCAAGGCAUGUUCAUGAGCUCGGGCAAAGAUACCAGCAGGAUGAUCAAGCACUACGAGACGACUGGGAGCGCCGAGACGGCUGCCAAACUAACACAGUGGCGAGAUGCACUGAAGGCUGGGCGGGAGACAAAAGACGAUCUUCAGAAUAUGAGAGAUCUGGCGAAGGUGACUGUGGAAGCCAUGACAGGUCCUGAGAGAAAGUCUUCUGAGAGGAAGUCUUCUGUCUCGUCAAGAUCACCGGAGGGCAGAAAGUCAUUGGCUUCGGCCCAAUCGCCUGGGGGGAGACGGAAAUCAUCUUCUACAACUACUCCAGCGGAGUGGCAACCGUAG